AUGGACAGUAUUUAUGAAAAUGAUGCCAGCGUCUCGCAAGAAGAUGAAAAACAGAAUCAUGAUAAUGAGAUGGACGAUGAUCAAAUAAUAUCCAUGAAAGUAAAAGAAUUGAAUGCACUAUUAAAAACGAUGAAACCAGCUGAAGCACAAGUAGUGAAAAGACGUCGACGUAUUCUAAAAAAUAAAGGGUAUGCUGCAAGUAGUCGUAAUAGACAAACAUCAAUGGUAGAAAAUUUAUCUGUUGAAAGAAAUCAAUUAGUAAAACAAGUAUGUAGUAUUAAUCAUUUGCAACGAGAAACAGAUACACUCGAUCUAGAAUUACGUGCUUGGAAGCAACGAUGCACUGAUUUGAAAUUAUAUACAGAUACAGAAUCAACAACCGAUAUGAAAGUUUGA